GCGGAACAUGUCUGGUUGCUGGGCACUGCCAUGGGGAUGCUGGGACUCAUGGCUCCACCGCAGCCACUAAGUGCCAGUGCGAAUGCGAAGACAGCCAGGCGCCAUGGCCAUGAGAUUACGAUCCCGAUUUGCCAGCACGGCAGUGCUUGUCCUGACAGCCUUGUUCGCCUGUAGAUCUUGGAAUCUGAGCUUUGUGAACGGUCCUGGCAGAUCGCUGGUUACCAACCAGCUCUUGCGAAGGGCAAGCGCAGCACCUUCAAGCAGUGAGAAAGUGGAGCAAGUGUCAAAGCCAAAGAGCGCAGAUGACAAGGACAUUGAUGAUGCGGUCCUUCGCAUGGCGAUGGCUAUGUCUGAUGAGGAGGACGGAACAGCCACAUCCACUCCGGCCAAGAAGACUGAGACCAAGGAGGAGGGUUUCGACUUCAGCAUUUUGAUCACGCUAUUUUGGGUCACCCUGAUCGUCUACUCCUUCGGUUCCAGUGUCAUUGGAGUGACGCAGGGCCGGAUCCAGGACAGAACUGGCGGCGACUUCACCCUCUACGACUUCUUUGACAACAUCUUUUCCUUCUCUGAGUGGAAUCUGGAGUACUCCCUCGGUUUUGAUCCCUUCAAGCUGUUUGACGGCUUGAAGAACGGAGGCGGUGCUCCCCCAUCCUGAGCAACUUGUGUUGCAAGGUUUUGCUGAAGGAGAGCUCAUCCUGCGUGGCUGUGACAUAACAUGAUAGCAUCCUCGGUGCGGAGAGCCUGAAAACUCACUCUCUUGUAGCACCAAUGGGUUGCAACUCAGCAGAAAUCAGAGAAUGGUGGGACGUUUCGGACAUUGUGCCG